CUUGGUAGCGUUGGCGAUCGCACGUGUUGGGGGUUAUUGAGGAGUUUCGUGUCACCGCCGGUUGAGGGACCACCAUGGGGUGCAGUCAUGUUGGUUCUAUUUGAGACAGCGGCUGGAUACGCUAUAUUUAAGGUCUUAGAUGAGAAGAAGCUACAAGAAGUGGGCAGUAUAUGGAAGAAAUUUGAAACAGCUGAAAAGGCAAAUAAAAUAGUGAAAUUAAAACAUUUUGAAAAGUUCCAAGACACAACCGAAGCAUUAGCAGCUUCCACGGCAUUGGUUGAGGGGAAAAUUAGCAAAAACUUGAAGAAAGUCCUGAAGAAAAUUGAAGCCAAAGAGGCCCAUGAACAACUGGCAAUUGCGGAUGCCAAUUCUAUCCGAAAUCAGAUAGAUGGAUUAAUUACUGGACUUUCUUCUCGUGAAAUAUCCGCCAUGUCUCUUGGUUUGGCUUACAGUCUCUCUUGUUACAAACUGAAAUUCAGCCCUGACAAAGUGGACAUAAUGAUUGUACAAGCCAUCUCUCUUCUAUAUGACCUGGAUAAAGAACUGAACAAUUACAUCAUGCAUUGUAGGGAAUGGUAUGGAUGGCACUUUGCUGAACUGGGAAAGAAAAUCACUGAUAAUCUGGCUUAUUGCAAGUGUCUCCGUGCUGUAGGUGAUAUAACAAACUUUGCUAGUUUUGACCUUUCAGAGCUGCUUCCAGAGGAGGUAGAAGCUGAUGUUAAGGCAGCUGCUGAAAUCUAUAUGGGAACAGAGGUAUCUGAGGAGGAUAUAAACAAUAUCAUGCACUUGUGUGAUCAGGUUAUAGAGAUCACAGAGUACAGUACACAAUUGUAUGACUAUCUAAAGAACCGUAUGAUGGCAAUUGCUCCCAACCUCACAGUACUGCUGGGGGAACUGGUUGGAGCAAGACUUAUUGCUCAUGCCGGAUCUCUUCUGAAUUUGGCAAAACAUCUUGCUUCCACAGUGCAGAUAUUGGGAGCAGAGAAAGCUCUUUUCAGAGCCCUAAAGACCAAGAGGGACACGCCUAAAUAUGGUCUGAUAUACCAUGCUUCUCUUAUUGGACAGACUAACCCUAAAUACAAGGGCAAGAUUUCUUGUAUGUUGGCUGCAAAAGCAUCACUUGCCAUCAGAUAUGAUGCUCUUGGCGAGGACACAAAUUGUGAGCUUGGAGUAGGGUUGAAACGGAUCAGUGGUACUGGGAAGGCAUUAGCCAGAUCAGACAAGUAUCAACACAAAAGUGAAGUGAGGACUUAUAACCCAUCUGGAGACUCCACAUUACCAUCUGUUCCAAAAAAACGCAAAUUUGAAGAAAUGACUGAAGAGGAAGAGAAACCUCAAAUCAAAGUGAAGAAAAUAAAAAAACAAAAAGUAACAGAAGAGGAAGAGCCAGAAGAAGUACCAGAGGAGCCUGAGGAUCCAGAGGAACCACCGACAAAGAAAAAGAAAAAAGACAAGAAGUUAAAGAUAAAAAUAGAAGACAUAAAGGUGGAGAAGGAGGAGGAACCUACUACUAGUACAGCAACAGAGACUCCUAAAAAGAAGAAGAAAAAGAAGAUCAAAGAAGAAGAUGAUAAUUAAAUUAGAAUUUGAAAUUUUAUGAACUGUUAAAAAGUUUGUGCUGGAGGC